ACACCAACAACUACCACAACACCAACUACUACCACCACACCAACUACUACAACACCACCAACUACUACUACCACACCGACUACUACCACAACACCAACAACUACAAUAACACCAACUACUACAACACCAACUACUACUACAACACCGACAACUACAACAACACCAACUACUACAUCACCAACUACUACCACCACACCAACUACUACUACAACACCAACAACUACAACAACACCAACUACUACAUCACCAACUACUACUACCACACCGACUACUACCACAACACCAAUAACUACUACAACAACACCAACUACUACAACACCAACUACUACUACAACACCAACUACUACCACAACACCAACUACUACAACAACACCAACUACUACUACCACACCGACUACUACCACAACACCAACAACUACAACAACACCAACUACUACAACACCAACUACUACUACCACACCGACUACUACCACAACACCAACUACUACCAAAACACCAACUACAACCACCACACCAACUACUACUACAACACCGACAACUACAACAACACCAACUACUACAUCACCAACUACUACUACCACACCGACUACUACCACAACACCAACAACUACUACAGCAACACCAACUACUACAACACCAACUACUACUACAACAACACCAACUACUACAACACCACCAACUACUACUACCACACCGAUUACUACCACAACACCAACAACUACCACAACACCAACUACUACAACACCAACUACUACUACCACACCGACAACUACAACAACACCAACUACUACAACACCACCAACUACUACUACCACACCAACUACUACCACAACACCAACAACUACAACAACACCAACUACUACAACACCAACUACUACUACCACACCGACUACUACCACAACACCAACAACUACCACAACACCAACAAUUACAACAACACCAACUACUACAACACCAACUACUACUACAACACCGACUACUACCACAACACCAACAACUACCACAACACCAACAACUACCACAACACCAACUACUACCACAACACCAACUACUACAACACCAACUACUACAACACCAACUACUACUACAACACCACCAACUACUACCACCACACCAACUACUACAGCAACACCAACUACUACCACCACACUAACAAGUACAACAACACCAACUACUACCACAACAAUUACUACCACAACACCAACUACUACCACAACACCAACUACUACAACACCAACUACUACAACACCAACUACUACUACAACAACACCAACUACUACCACCACACCAACUACUACAACAACACCAACUACUACAACACCAACUACUACUACAACUACAACUACUAUCACAACACCAACUACUACAACACCACCAACUACUACUACCACACCGACUACUACCACAACACCAACAACUACAACAACACCAACUACUACAACACCAACUACUACUACCACACCGACUACUACCACAACACCAACUACUACCAAAACACCAACUACUACCACCACACCAACUACUACUACAACACCGACAACUACAACAACACCAACUACUACAUUACCAACUACUACUACCACACCGACUACUACCACAACACCAAUAACUACUACAACAACACCAACUACUACCACACCGACAACUACAACAACACCAACUACUACAACACCACCAACUACUACUACCACACCGACUACUACCACAACACCAAUAACUACUACAACAACACCAACUACUACCACACCGACAACUACAACAACACCAACUACUACAACACCACCAACUACUACUACCACGCCGACUACUACCACAACACCAACAACUACUACAACAACACCAACUACUACCACACCGACAACUACAACAACACCAACUACUACAACACCACCAACUACUACUACCACACCGACUACUACCACAACACCAACAACUACCACAACACCACCAACUACUACCACACCGACAACUACCACAACACCAACUACUACCAAAACACCAACUACUACCACCACACCAACUACUACUACAACACCGACAACUACAACAACACCAACUACUACUACCACACCAACUACUACCACAACACCAACUACUACCACCACACCAACUACUACUACAACACCGACAACUACAACAACACCAACUACUACAACACCAACUACUACUACAACAACACCAACUACUACAACACCACCAACUACUACUACCACACCGACUACUACCACAACACCAACAACUACCACUACACCAACAACUACAACAACACCAACUACUACAACACUACCAACUACUACCACACCGACAACUACCACAACACCAACUACUACCAAAACACCAACUACUACCACCACACCAACUACUACUACAACACCGACAACUACAACAACACCAACUACUACAACACCACCAACUACUACUACCACACCGAUUACUACCACAACACCAACAACUACCACAACACCAACUACUACAACACCAACUACUACUACCACACCGACAACUACAACAACACCAACUACUACAACACCACCAACUACUACAACACCAACUACUACUACAACACCGACUACUACCACAACACCAAUAACUACCACAACACCAACAACUACCACAACACCAACUACUACCACCACACCAACUACUACAACACCACCAACUACUACUUCCACACCGACUACUACCACCACACCAACUACUACCAAAACACCAACUACUACAACACCAACUACUACUACAACACCGACAACUACAACAACACCAACUACUACAUCACCAACUACUACUAUCACACCGACUACUACCACAACACCAACUACUACCAAAACACCAACUACUACCACCACACCAACUACUACUACAACACCGACAACUACAACAACACCAACUACUACAUCACCAACUACUACUACCACAUCGACUACUACCACAACACCAAUAACUACUACAACAACACCAACUACUACAACACCAACUACUACUACAACACCAACUACUACUACAACAACACCAACUACUACAACACCACCAACUACUACUACCACACCGACUACUACCACAACACCAACAACUACAACAACACCAACUACUACAACACCAACUACUACAACACCAACUACUACUACAACAACACCAACUACUACCACCACACCAACUACUACAACAACACCAACUACUACAACACCAACUACUACUACAACUACAACUACUAUCACAACACCAACUACUACAACACCACCAACUACUACUACCACACCGACUACUACCACAACACCAACAACUACAACAACACCAACUACUACAACACCAACUACUACUACCACACCGACUACUACCACAACACCAACUACUACCAAAACACCAACUACUACCACCACACCAACUACUACUACAACACCGACAACUACAACAACACCAACUACUACAUCACCAACUACUACUACCACACCGACUACUACCACAACACCAACAACUACUACAACAACACCAACUACUACCACACCGACGACUACAACAACACCAACUACUACAACAACACCAACUACUACUACAACUACUACAUCACCAACUACUACUACCACACCGACUACUACCACAACACCAACAACUACUACAACAACACCAACUACUACCACACCGACAACUACAACAACACCAACUACUACAACACCACCAACUAUUACUACCACACCGACUACUACCACAACACCAACAACUACAACAACACCAACUACUACAACACCGACAACUACUACCACACCGACUACUACCACAACACCAACAACUACCACAACACCAACAACUACAACAACACCAACUACUACAACACCACCAACUACUACCACACCGACAACUACUACCACACCGACUACUACCACAACACCAACAACUACCACAACACCAACAACUACAACAACACCAACUACUACAACACCACCAACUACUACCACACCAACUACUAAAAAAACACCAACUACUACUACCACACCAACUACUACUACCACACCGACUACUACCACCACACCAACAACUACUGCAACACCGACUACUAUUACCACACUAUCUACAACAACACCGACUACUACCACCACAUCAACUACUACCACCACACCGACUACUACCACAACACCAACAACUACAACACCAACUACUACUACAACACCAACCACUACAGCAACACCAACUACUACAACAACACCAACUGCUACAACAACACCAACAACUACUACCACCACACCAACAACUACUACAACACCAACAAGUACCACCACAACUACAACAACACCAACUACUACUACCACGCCAACUACAACAACAAUAGGAACUACUACUACAACACCAACUACUACAACAAUGCCAAGUAUUAGAACAACGCCAAGUAAUCCAACCACAGAAGUUGAUUUAACAUCAACAUUAGUGACGUCUGGGGCUAUCUCCACCACAGAACGUCCCCAGCCAAGCGAUUCCCCUAAAGAAGAAAUUCCAACAGAACCAAUAAUUGUGGCAGGUGCCAUAUUCCAACUGAAUAUGUCUUUCUACUUUAGCGGUAGUAUCACCAAUUUAAAAGCUUUCAAUGAUUCCUUGAUAGAACAGUUGAAAUUAAAGAUUUUUAUUGGUUACAGUGAUAUAGAAAUAAGAUCUGAAGGUAACAGUUCUGUUGAUGUAGAAGUGGACGUCAGAGUUGAGGAACUGAGAAGGAAAAGUCAAACCCUGUCGGAGUUUGAGCAAGUUGUUUCUGACAACGUACUCGCCAAUCUUACAGAAGUUACUACAACAGCUGGAACAACUCUAAACACAUCACUAGAUAUAAUACACAAUAUCAAGAACCAAAUACAAGACAAGAAUGAGUGUGAUGUUGUAUCCGUGUACUUACAGACAAGAAUGAGUGUGAUGUUGUAUCCGUACAAGAACAAGAACAAGAACAAGAACAAGAAUGAGUGUGAUGUUGUAUCCGUGUACUUACAGACAAGAAUGAGUGUGAUGUUGUAUCCGUACAAGAAUGAGUGUGAUGUUGUAUCCGUGUACUUACAGACAAGAAUGAGUGUGAUGUUGUAUCCGUACAAGAACAAGAAUGAGUGUGAUGCUGUUUCCUCGAGUAGACUCUGCUUUCCCGGAUAUAAAUGUCGGGCAUUAAACUUCACUGCGGAAUGCGCGCACGUGUGUACCCUCACGGGACUGGAAUGUCACCACGGUGGGCACUGUUACUACGACGCCGUAAAUCAACAGGCGACAUGCAGGUGUCAGAAGAACUUGAUGACAGUUUACUACGGAGCUCGGUGUGAGGAAAAAACGGGGAGGUUUGAAUACAUCAUUGGUUUGUCUGUCGGUGUGGUGGGAGGACUGAUCUUAAUUAUUCUACUGGUUGUAUGCUGCAGACGCUUCUCUAACCCCAGGAAGGACGAUAGGAAUUCAGACAAAUAUCGACGGAAUGACGCAGACCUUACAAUGGUGAAUGAAUUAGACGAUCUGAGAUCCCAGUGGUCGGAGAGAGACUCUCUAAACAAGUACAGGCAUCCUGGGAUAGCGGGUGUCACAAACCAGGUUUAUGAACAAUUCAGUGGUCAGAGGAGGUAUAUUUCUGAGACGCCUGGUCCGUACGGCACCAGACCGCCAUUGUUCUCCAUCAAAAGACCCCAGGUUUUCAGGGUCCCGGUAGAAGUCCUUGAUAGUCCCUACAGAACACCGGAGUCACGGGAAGGGAGACAACCAACGGCAGGACAAAGAAAUAUCUACAGCGGGAAUGGAUCAGCGGUGUGAUGACUCCAAGUUUAUUUUCAUUAUCAGGACGCACAGUUCAUUCAGAUAAAAACAUUGUUAUAAAAAAGAACA